GAAGUAAUACUAUUACUUCGUGGCUGACAGCUCGGGAGGUAGGUUGGUGACGUUUGUGUGUUGUGUGUGAGAAUAAUAAUGUGUGCGCUGCCAGACGCGAAUUGAACGUUUGAAAAUACUGAUGUAGAUCGAUGUGUAACUUACGGUAAUAAAUUGUUGAAGAUAAGUCAUUGUUGAAAUGGAGCUGUUCCGUACUGAUACGCAUUUCAUAUUCGUCAAAGAGCAGCACAGCCUGUGGUGUGACAAGUUGACUGGUGAAUUUACUGCUAGAUCAGACUGGGAAUGGGCGACAGCCGUUGAUCCGGAAUGUCUUGGUACAUUCUACGGAGUAAUGGGAAAAAUCGAACAGGCUUCUGUUUUGGACUCUCGUAUAAUGUUGAUAAAGGAGGUUGAACCUGUUGGCGAGCUUCACGGUGGGCACGUCGUUUUCAAGAUCAAGUCAGUUGCGUUUUUGCCACUAGGAAUUGACAGUACAGAUAUCGGCCUACUGCCUUGCAAGAAGCAUCAAAAUUUACCGCGAAAGAAAGGCCAGGGAGGACUGUUCGACAUACCGCAAAAAGCCAGCUUCGCAAAGACCUGGGGCUCCAUCAAGAGCGCAACAAACACGAUAAAAAACACAACACAGCAAGCUGCCGCCUUGGCUACGUCACAGGUGAAAAGUACCGUGAUUAAGAGAAGUAGCAGCAAAGAGAGGGAAAAAUUUGAAAAACGUAUACUCGAUGAGCUCAGCAAAAUAUUUAUGGAAACAGAUUCUUUCUUCUUUUGUCGAACUGGCGACAUCACCAAUACUCUUCAGAGACAGUCUGCACAAAGGGAGUUAGGCAAGGGUAGCUGUGACAGGAGCAAACCGCUCUGGCAAAGAGUUGAUGACAGAUUUUUUUGGAACAAGCACAUGCUUCAGGACAUCAUCAACUUAAACAGUGAAAAGGCAGACUGUUGGAUAUUGCCCAUUAUCCAAGGCUAUGUGCAAAUCGAGCAGUGCAAGGUCGAGAUCGGUUAUGACUGUCAGCAACAGUUCGAGAUUUUCAAUCUUGCAAUUAUAUCCAGAAGAAGCAGAUUCAGAGCUGGAACCAGAUAUAAACGUCGCGGCGUAGACGAUGAGGGAAAGUGUGCUAAUUACGUUGAAACGGAACAAAUGGUUUGGUAUCACGAUCAUCAAGUAUCCUUUGUACAGGUGCGUGGAAGUGUUCCUGUAUUCUGGUCGCAACCAGGAUACAAGUACAGGCCGCCACCCAGAAUAGAUAAAGGAGAGGCUGAGACACAAGUUGCGUUUGAGAAACAUUUCAAAGACGAGCUUUCUCUCUAUGGGCCAAUUUGUGUAAUAAAUCUGGUCGAACAAACUGGGAAAGAAAAAAUUAUAUGGGAGGCUUACAGCAAUCAUCUUUUGAUGUUUGAUCAUCCUGAUUUGACCUACGCUACAUUUGACUUUCACGAAUACUGUCGAGGGAUGCAUUUCGAAAACGUAUCAAUACUCAUCGGUUCAUUGGCUAAUAUCAUAUCGGAAAUGGGAUACUGCUGGCGAGACAAGCAGGGCACAAUUUGCACCCAGACAGGCACGUUUCGCGUUAACUGCAUAGACUGCCUGGACAGGACAAACGUUGUUCAAACCGCCUUGGGAAAGGCGGUCAUGGAAAUGCAAUUUACAAAGCUGGGAUUAAUACCACCGGAAGGAACACUACCCGCCAAUAUUCGCCAGACCUUUCAGCUACUCUGGGCGAACAACGGUGACAUUAUAAGUAAACAGUACGCCGGCACCAACGCUCUCAAGGGUGAUUACACGAGGACUGGGGAAAGAAAGUUCACUGGACUGAUGAAGGAUGGAAUGAACUCUGCGAACAGAUAUUUUCAACAACACUUUAAGGAUGACCUGCGUCAGGCAGCUAUUGACAUCCUCCUAGGCUAUCCAAUCCUCAUUGACGAACUCAAGAGAGAUUGGUCUGACUACUUAGACAUCAUUGACAAUUGCAGUCGCGAAUUAAUACCCAUACAACCGCCACCCAUAGAGUUAAUCAUCGCCAAUUGGCCAGAAUUUUUAUACGCUAACGCCAUGUACCACUUAGGCAGAUACUAUUUGAAUCGAUUCAAAGAUGUCUACAGGCAGGCGACAAUUGACAUGAUGUUAGGAAAUGCAGUUUCCGAAGAAAUAUUCCAGGAACGAAAUGACGAAGAAGAUAAUGCAGCAACCGCCGAUCAUGUUAAGUUGCUUAUUGAGGACUGCAAAAAACUUCUUAUUCCAGAUCCAGAAUUUAUUCUUGGAAGUUGGGGACUCAUAGACGCAGACCCGGUAACUGGCGACCCUACGGAAACUGACAUGGAUACAAUACUUAUCCUUACGCGGGAUAGCUACUACGUUGCUGACUAUGACGAUCAGAUUGAUAAGGUGACGAACUACCAGCGGGUAUCAUUGGCUGACAUUACACUAGUCGAGUUUGGCCAGCCUGAGAACACUGUUUCGCUGUUUAAGAAUAAACAACACCACUGUGUACGAAUUAGUUACAAGGUGAAUGGCGAAGUGGGCUUUUUUCACAUGUUUCGAUCAACAAAUCUGAGGUUCUUCAACAACAUGGCUGUAGUGAUAAAAACCGAAGAGGAAACUGUAGAAUCUCUAAGGGCUAUCUGCGAGGCGAUAUCUGUUGCAAUGGAGAUCGCCGAGUUACCCAAUAUUCCUGUUGCUAUGAACGUCAUGCUGGACAGACGACGAAGCAAAUUAGUACACUCAAAGGGCUCUACUGGACUCUUGGACAUCUCAUCGCUUCCGGAAUUAACGAGGAACGUGUCCGAGACGCAAUUGUUAGCUCUAAAAAGUGCAGGGACAAAAGCUCUGAGCAACAUGACUGAGCAAUUCAGUAAACUGAAUAAACUGAGUCACAGUUUCAAUGCGAAGAGGCCGAUAGAUAUAGCGAAAAGUUUGGAACGAAAACUGGACGGAUCCUCAUCUAAGCCCAUUUUCACUGUGGGAAAUCGUGACAUAGAGGGAAAUUCGAACAGGAAAUCGAUCAAUAGUAACAGCAGCAGUGAGGAUGACGCGAACGCUGAAGUUUCUCCCGAUCAGAUUCAGUCGAAGAAUCGGGACCAGAGUUUUGUGCGGGAUCAGAGACUUCCGGAAGCCUACAUGCCGACGGUGGGAAUUGUAAUGGGAGUGAAGAACGAAGAAAAAAGCGGACACGGAAAAAACCAGGCCAACGAAUCGUUGGGUAGAAAUGUUCACAGCGCUUCGUAUCUGGAGGAAAAUCCUGACGUGGAGCCAAUCGUAGAUAGACUGAACCUUAUAUCGACGUCAAAGUCCGGAGCGAGUACGCUGAGUCCUUCGCCACAGAAAACUGCCGCCAACACACCCGAGAUUACGAUUCAGGCUGUCGGCGAAGGUUGCAUUGAAGACAAGGAGAAAGUCACACCUCCCAACACUUUGAAUCUUUCUAAAAACAUCAGUCAUUCGUCGGGUGAAGUCGACAACAACGCGAUGCGCCAAAAUUCCCCAGCUAACACUCUGUUCAAUGAUGAAACUCACAGUAGAAUGCAGGAUAAGAAGAGAGCGAACUCCGAGCAGGAUUUGACCCUUAAUAUCACUUCGUCUCAGAGCGAAUCGGCUCUCAAAUCAAUUCGAAGCAAUAUCGUAAAUAUCGCAAACGUUACCAGUCCUGUCGCAGUUUCGGCUAAAGAUAUUCUAUCACCGUUCUCGAAGUUCGCUAAAGGCGUGCAAAACUUGGGAGCCAAUCUGGACCCCAGAAAAUUGAAACAGGGUCAGGCUGGUAUGCCCAGAAAUUUGUCCGACCAUCACCUUGAGCAGCAACAGAGGCUACGGGAGAGAUGGGGGAAAUGUAAGUCGAGGUUGAUAGCUUUGUAAAUUCUGAAUUGAGAUAUGGAGCUGAUUCGGCAAUGCGGAGAGUUCAGAAAUACAUCGUGGGUAUAUUGCAAAUAUCGCAUAGAUCCGAGUUUUAUCUAGAACUGCCUUACAUUUCACGAGUGACGGAAAACCCAGGGAGGUAGAAAAAUUCAUAUUUAACGCUGCUGAUGAACUUUAAAGUUUGAUUCUCGUUUUGAGAGAAAACUUAUCAUCGAAAAAUUGGUGCAAUCGUCGGUAAUAAAUUUUACGCUGUAACGUAAUUUGUAGUAUCGUAUAAAAAAAAAAAAAAAAAAAUGGACAGAACGAUGUAAAGAAAUGAAGUUAAGUGUUAGAGAUGAUUAUUGACCACUAGUUAGGGUAGUUCGGUUAUUACUAUUUAUUGAUACGUAACGUAACGGCCUUAUUGACAGUAAGAUCAUUUGCGCUUUCCAAUUAAUCGUCCAUAACGUUUUAGUGGUUUACUAAUGCAUAUGGAUUAGGUGUAAACUGAUUAACAUAAAAAUGUUCAAUUUUCGUGCGAAUUGAUGUCCGUAUCCAAAGUCGUAUUUGUAGUUCUUUAAAAAAAGAAAAACAGCUUACACAAGUGCUCGCAUGAAAUGAACUUGCGUAUGUCAUAAUAAGGCAUUUACUGUCUAUUUAGCAAUAAAAAAAGCAUGACAACGAAGUUUUAAUGAAAAAAAAAAAGAACCAAAAAAAUUUACUAUUUCAAGACGACAGUAAGACGCGUCGGUUACUUGUUAGGCUGAAAUUUUACUCUCAAACUAUUUAUUUAUCCCUUAUCAUAUGCGAUAUUUUAUUUAUUUAAUUCCACAUUAAACCGCGUUGCUGAAUUGGCUUGGUUAUCAAAUGUAAGGAGGUGAAGUAAUCUUUUGAUGUAUACAAUAGUUUUAGAAAAUAGCCUGUAGAUACACAUAUUUACAAGCGAAAUACAAAGAGUCAAUUCUUUCCUACGUGUGAAUAUUUUAGGGGGAACAAAAAAAAAAAAAAUGAUUUCAUAUUUAUUUUAAACGCACUUAGAGAUUUUCUAUAAUUAUAUACGAUGAUAUUUACCAUGACUGUAGUAAUUAUACGUGUAACAUUCCAUUUACAUUGGCUGUGGGCAUUUUUCACGUCAAAUCAACAAUUCAUUAUGCAAUUGUCAGCUCAGUCUCUGCAAUUCUAAGAACAGACUUCUGACAAUAUUCGAUAAUUUGACUCGGAAUAUGCCUACUUCUAACUUCCAUAGGACAGAUUCAAUCCAAAUAUAGAUUUAUAAUCGAGUAAUAUCCAUUGCAGAAAUCUCAAACAAUUAGAUAUUUACGAUGAAAGUGCAAGAGAAAUUGAAUCAAGUUUACAAUACUAGGUAGGAAAUAUCUUAAAAACUAGUACAGUGGCCAAAUGAGAUUACAUUUAGCAGAUAUCCAAUGAUUGCAAAGACACGGAGAUAUUAUUAUGGAUAAUUUUUUUUCUUUUUAACAUAUACACGUAUUUGAAUCUACUUAUAUUGUAAUUGACGAUUGAAUUAUGAAUUAGUUUUGGCAAACGCUUUACAUAUUUAUUAGUAAAUAUAAUUAUAAAAUAUUGUUUGUCGACUAGGAACAAAUACAUUCUUUGACAUAACGUCAAUGUCAGGUUAUCUUUUUAACUUGAUGCAUCAUUGAGGCUUGCAAUUGAUAUUUUUACUAGAUUGCAAUUAGAAUUGAGAGGGGGAGGAAAUUACAGAAACCUUGUAGUCAAUUAUGUACAUAACAUAUUAUUACGCGCUCAUAUCGUUACAGACAAAGUAUUUGUAUAGUCAAAUUGCAAAUUAACAUACGAUUGAGUAAUUGAAUUAUGUAGCAAAGUAUACAUAUAGUGAUUUAGCAAAAGAGAACAAUCACAUGAGUCACACUCUGCAGUGAAAUCUUUAAAACCCCGUGUCGUUAAGUUUUAAUAGAAUCUUAUAAGAAAAAAUCUUGAACCAAAUACUAAAUCGCUUCAUUAAAUUUUUAACAGAGCUUUGAUAGAUGAUUCACAGCAAUUCCUUUUCAUUUCUCUAUCCGUUUUUCAUAUCAUCUAAUUCGUAAUCACACGUCGUGCAAUUUGCCAGAUCCAUAUUUAUCAUAUUGAAUUAUAGAUAUUUAUAAUAGUUUGCUUUGAUAUAUAUUAUUUUAACACGAUUAUUUUUCGAGAACUUUAAGUCACCGGGCAAGUUUUAUAUCACUGACGUACAAAUAAUUUUGCUUAUUAAGAAAACAAAACGGAAAGACAAGAAAGAAUUGAUAUUAUAGUUUUGUCCCAAUCACCGUAAAUGUAAUAAUCGAUAAUCGAAGCUCUGGGUUUGGCAUUAUUAGGUAUAGAUUUAUUCCAUGUAAGCUGGCUGCCUGCAUCAUAACCAAGUAUUAUUAUUGAGUUUAAUUUAACUUAAUUUAGAUUGUAAAAUAAUGUAAAAUCGUGCACUAAUAUGUAGCAGAUCAGUAUUAAAAAUCUGUAUCAAUGUCGGUGUAUUACAAGAUUACAAAUUCUAUUAUGCAUAUAGUGGAAAACGAAAAAUGAAAUUAAAACCGGUUCCUGACAGCCUACCAAAAAAUUUUCUCUUCCAUUCUUAACGAUAAUUGAAGAUUGAUUCUCUGUUUUUCUCAAUUUCUUAAACCCACGAAGGGGAAAAUUUUUGGUAAUGUACGUCUCGAAAUCGAUUUUAUUCACGUAAACUUUGUGCAAAUAUACGGCUACAAAAUACAGAAACACACAGUAUCUAUGGA